AUUCUUCAAAUAAUUUUUUAACUCUUUUAUUUGAUGUUUCCAGUCAUUUAGUAUAAGUAAAACAAUUCGAGUUCAAUCUAAAAAGUAAAAAAAACAUAUGACUUCGUGAUAAUCCAAUUUUAGAACGUUAUUUCUGUACAGGUAACAUUAACCAAAUACAUUGCAUGCGCUUGCACAAAUGGUAAAGAAUCUCUGUAAUUUAACUUACCAAAAAAUGGAAAAUGUGUUGUUGACUCCCUUAUAUAAUUAUUUUUUUCUCAUUUUGCUAUUAACAGGUAAAAAAUAAAACUUUAUAUAGAUAUUAUCUAGUGAUUUCAAAACUCUUUCUUAAUUUCCCCAAUUUUCCUCCUUAUAUUUCUUAUUAUGCAUCUAUUUAAAUAUGGGAAAAUAAAAAACACAUUUACUGUAUGAACUAAAUUCUUUGUAUUGUAGUAUUGUUUGUUGAUAUAAUCUAGUAUAUAAUAAUGCAUAGAUAGAAUUAUUAAAACCAGUUCAUAAGAAAGAGCCUGAGAAAAGCAUAUUCCAGAUAUUUGGCUAUCUAUUUGUAAAACGAAGCCAAGACAAUCCAAGCAUUGGUCUGGUGGGAUAAGAAUCAGGUACAAAUUUGAGUGACUAAUAUGAAUAAUCUACUUGAAUAAUAUUGGUUUAUAUAUAGUUUUUUUUUUGUUGAUGAUAAAUAUUGGUUUAUAGUUAUUAAUGUUUUCUUUCUGAUUCAACAACUGUAGGGUGAAAAACGGAUUUGUAACUUAUAAUUUCACUGUGACUCGCAUAAGAAAGUUGUGAACGAAAGAGAUGUCGAUCCAUCAAGCGAAUGAAGUGGUUGUGAGCGAAGGUGAAGACAAUGUUCCAUUGUCGACGUUAAGAACCAAAGACACAAAGUUAAAGCAGAAGAGGGAGGAGAGUAAGGACAUGCAAGUGAAGAAGAAAGCAAAGUUCGACUGGAGACCGAGUGAUUCUUGUGCGAAGUCAAUUGGCAAACCGAUUAAGUUUACUGGUAAGGGAGGAAACAAGAAAUGUCAUUACGAGACAUUCGAGUUUCAUGGCAAAGAAUAUAGACUGGAAGACUUUGUGGAAUUGGUUCCAGAAAACCCAAACCAAAAGGAAUACAUAGCGAUCAUCAAGGAUAUUUAUAUACGAGAAAAAGAUGGACUUGUGAAAAUGUUGGUGCAAUGGUUUUACCGCAGAGAAGAUAUCGAAGAAAAAGAUGUUGGAGAGUGGAAAUCCGAAGACUCAAGCGAAAUUUUCUUCAGUUUCCAUUGUGAUGAAGUGUGUGCUGAAUCUGUGAAGUACAAGUGUUUUGUGUAUUUCGUGCCGGAUGAUAAGCAAGUUCCAAACCGUAUUCAGUCUUCCGGCUUCGUCGUGCAAAUGGUUUAUGAUAAUGUUCACAAUGAGAUGAUGAAGUUCUCUGAUGAAAGCUUUGACGAGGAGCAAAAGUUUGAGAUUGAUAUUCUUGUGGCAAGGACGAUUUCGAGAAUUGGUGAUCUCGUUGACGUUGAGAAAGUCCAAAUGACUACAAUUCCGAGGCGUAAAAGAUUAGUUAGGAAGUGUGAGAGAAUGAGUUCUAGGCCGAUCUCGGACAAGUUAGAGUCGUUACCAUCCAGUGAUUUGGAUCGUGACAAGAUAUUGGUGGAGCUUUUAGAAGUAGUACUUAAGAACUUGUGUUCUGAAAGUACGGGGACCACCCGAAAGGAUGUUGUUCAGGUGGUACUUGCUCUUGAGGAGGCUUUAUAUGAUUCUUUCGCAGAUGAUAUACCAAAGUAUAAUUACAAGUUGGAGCUUCUGGUCAAGAGACUCAAGAAUUCAAGAGUGCUAGCUAGAGGACUUCUCAGUGGCAAAUUAAAACCUGAACAAGCUAUAAAGAUGGCCGACUUCGAAGAACCAAUAUUGGUGGAAGAUGUUGCAUCCACCUCCAAAAAUGUUGGGCACGAAGAUUGUCUCGAAGAUUAAACAAGAUACUAAACAUUAGAUAACAUAUUUAAUGGUAUCUUGCUCUUCUUUUCUUUGAAUCUUAAUCGUUUGAGGGAUUUAAG